GCGACGAGGCGACAUGUUUUGAGUUAGUGGUGAGGCUGUUGUGUUGUGAUCUUUGAAACUAUAUGACUACAAGUAAUUGCUUAGUACGUUUUUUUUUGUUUGACAAUUUCCAGGUACUCAAUAUGUAUCAUAAUAGCUCACACAAAACGUUUUGGAUAUUUGACAAUGAAGACGCUUUGGAGAAAUUAAGAUGCGAGGCGAACACAAAAUGCUAUAACAAGUUGUCAACGAGUGGGAAGGAGUCCAUGUUGUUGGGGCGGUACGAGGAACAGGUGUUGUUCAGAUACUAUGAGAAGAGACUUCUAGACUUUUGCAAUGCGUUCAAGCCUACGAUGCCAAAGGCCGUUGUGGGCACAGCCAUCAUGUUCUUCAGAAGGUUCUACCUUAACAACUCCCUAAUGGAAUACCACCCCAGGAUUAUCAUGCUGACCUGUGCUUACUUGUCCUGUAAAGUGGACGAGUUCAACGUCUCCAGCACUCAGUUUGUAGGCAACUUGCUGCAGGAGACCCCUGCCGGCCAGGAGAGGGUGCUGGAGCAGAUCCUGGAGUUCGAGCUCCUGCUCAUCCAACAGCUCAACUUUCACCUGGUGGUCCACACUCCGUACAGGCCAAUGGAGGGGCUGCUGAUAGACAUCAAGACCCGGUACCCCCCGCUGGAGAACCCGGAGUCGCUGAGGAAAAGUGCAGAUGACUUCCUGACCAGAGCCAACACGACGGACGCUGGGCUGCUUUUCGCCCCGUCUCAGAUCGCCCUGAUUGCCAUCCUGAACAGCGCCUCGCGGGCAGGCCUCAACAUGGACAGUUACCUCAGCGAGUGCAUGGGGAUGAAGGACAACAGAGAGUAUAUCGUCAAACUUAAUGAAUCCAUGAGACGGAUGAAGAAGCUUAUAAAGGAUUAUGAACUUCCCAAGGCAGAAGAAGUUAGUGCCUACAAAGAGAAGCUGGAGAGGGUCCACUUGGAGUUUAACACGUCAACAAACAAGAGAAAACGAGGCUACGAGGAGGAUGGCCAUGUCGCAAAAAUACAGUGUCGUACUGAAGACGAGGAAUGGACCGAUGAAGACUGAUUUUUAAGCCAAAUUAUGUGUUAUUUAGGGAGAUCCGUUUGCCACAGAUUCUUCUUUAAAUUAAUGCCAUACCCUCCCAGUUUCUCCUCUUGAGUUUUGUAAAAUAAUAAAAAUAUUUUCUACAUGUC